CUUGGAGUUGUGAAGUUUUCCUUUUUUUUCUCUUCUAUGGCAUAGAUUCUUUCUUUCAUGCUGUAAUUUCUUAAGGGGAAUGAACGGAUGAAUUGUGUUCUUUCUUGUUUUUCUUUCUUUUGAUUCUCUUAUUUACGCGGUUGAAAAGAUUGCACUCUUUUUUUCCUUUGUUUUACACUUCUUUUUCAUUGAUUCUUUCUAUUUCUUUAUGAGUUUUUAGGCACAAUUUGCAGCUGUUACACACAUACUUAGUUGUUGUUGUAUAUUCACAUGUUUUAUUAUUCCAUUUUGGACCUACUACUUUGUUUAUAAAUAGAGACUAAAACAUUGUGUUUUCUUCAACUUAGCAUCAUUUCUUAGUUUAUUUUGUUGUAAAGAGAGGUGGCCUUUCAAACUAUAUUGAAGGUUGCAUUUCAUAGAUAUGAGUUACAUAAAUCCUUCCAUGGGCUCUGGAAGUAGGACGGCGAGGAGGACGAUGGAGUUUGGAAGGACAUAUGUGGUGAGGCCUAAAGGAAAACACCAGGCUACAAUGGUUUGGCUACAUGGCCUCGGAGAUAAUGGCUCUAGUUCUUCUCAACUCUUGGAAAGCCUAGCCCUUCCUAAUAUCAAAUGGAUAUGCCCAACUGCCCCAACUCGUCCCGUGGCUAUACUUGGUGGAUUUCCUUGCACUGCAUGGUUCGAUGCGGGAGAACUUUCUGAUGACACUACUAAUGAUCUUGAAGGCUUAGAGGCGUCCGUUGCACAUAUUGCAAACUUAUUGUCAACUGAACCUGCUGAUGUUAAACUUGGUAUCGGAGGCUUCAGCAUGGGCGCAGCCACUGCGCUCUACUCAGCGACUUGCUUUGCCCACGGGAAAUAUGGAAAUGGAAACCCUUACCCUGUCAACUUGAGAGCUGUCAUAGGCCUCAGUGGUUGGCUUCCAGGUUCCAGGAAUGUGAGGAACAAGAUUGAAGGAUCACAUGAGGCUGCCAGAUGUGCUGCAUCUUUACCUAUUCUACUAUGUCAUGGAAAAUGCGAUGAAGUUGUUCCUUAUCGAUAUGGAGAGAGGGCUUCCUAUGUCUUGAGCUCUGCUGGAUUCAGGAAUCUUCAAUUCAAAGCCUAUGAUGGGCUUGGUCAUUACACAGUGCCAAGGGAAAUGGAUGAGGUUUGUAAUUGGUUAAAUGCAAGGCUUGGUCUUGAAGGUUCACGACGAUAAACUCCAUUACAACUAUUUCAUUUUCAACAUAGCUGACGAAGAAGAAAGAAGCUCUGUCAUUAUACAGUGCCAAGAAAAGUGUAUGAGGUGUGUAGCAGGAAGGAGUACAUAGAGUUUUCAUGUAGUUAAUAAUGUAUGCUUUAUGGUGAAUGCUAAGACUUAGUCUUCCAGUUUUGCCUUGAGAUCUUCUGUAUAAUAAAAUUUUGGAUGUGUGCUAUUGCUUAUUUUCAUUCACUUGUAGACACAAAUAAUUUGACAUUUGGUACUCUUCAAUAAUAGUUUUCACUUUCAAUAUA